ACCCUGGAGUUCAAUUCGUUUCCUGUGCUCAUUUGAAGCAGAGCAAUUUGUGUGCAGAAAAAGUUCAAAAAUAGUUCAUUAUGAAUUUAUUUGUUAAUUCUACAUGUCAUUCAUAGUAUUUCUCUCUAAAGCUUUACUGUCUAUCGAUAGAAAUCGAAUUUGUGCUAACCUUUCUUCUAUAGCAAUAAAUAAUUGUUGGGUGGAAAUUAGAUCAUUGUUACUUUACAUCUUGUGCAGAAAUGUCUGAUUUUGAACACAUUCGAUUGGUUAUUUUGGGUGGAGCUGGCGUUGGUAAAAGUUGUAUCAUAAAACGAUUUCUGUUUAAAAACUAUUCAGACAAGUACAGACCAACUGUGGAAGAUCUUUACAAUCGGGAAUACGAUCUGGGUCCAGUGACCUUAAAGGUCGACAUACUCGAUACUUCCGGUGAGAUGCAAUUUCCUGCGAUGAGAAGGCUAUCCAUUGCUAAUGCACACGCUUUCCUUAUGGUGUAUGCAACCACAUCGGAACCUAGCCUAAACUGUGUUAAGCAAUGUUUUGAGGAGAUAAGAGAGCAACGAGCUGAUUUUCAGAACAUACCAAUGGUAUUUGUUGGGAACAAAAGUGAUCUGAGUGGAACACAUCGGGAAGUUCGCAUCGAAGAUGUUUCGGAGUGGGUUUACUGCGAGCUUCCCAAACUUAAGGUUAAAGUUAUGGAAUGCUCGGCGAAGGACGACAUAAAUAUUGUGGAUAUUUUCAAAACAUUUUUAACAUUAUCUCGCAUUAUUCCGACCAAUAAUGAAUAUGAAUCGUCUUCAGGGUUAAAGAGACGCUCAUCAGCCUAUGUUAGUGCAUCUAGUAAAGUUAUUUUCAUUACAGCUAAAACACGUUUAGCAAGUCCGUCCAUUGGUUGUGACAAAUCAAAUGAUCCAUCAUUCCUGAUUGCCGAAUCCAGUCAAGCUUCUACAAGUGAUCAUAAAUCAAAACCUAGAUCAAGGUCAUUGAUUCGAAGAUCAUCUAGAAAAACAAAACAACAAAUCCAGAAUGCAGGAACAGAAGAUUGCAAUAUUCAAUAGUGUUGAAUAGAUUAACAAGAAGUUCAGCAGAUCUUCAAUUUGAAUUAGAUUACUGUUAAACAGACCAUUGACGGUUUUUGCUCGAAUGGAACAUUAAAAGAUUACACAGUAAA